CAAAAGAGCACUCGGUGGGUUCGGAGAAAGAAAGGAGAGAGAGAGAGGUGGGAAUGGUGAGCCGAAAUGGAGGGAUAAGCGGGCAAUGCUGCCAGCGAUAAGGCGUGGCGUAUCGAUCGGGAGCUGCAUAUGGGGGGAGGAGCUCUCGUGGAUGGAGUUCGUCGUUGGUUCCAACGUUGCUCUUCCAUUGCUACUAAUAACAACAACAACAACAACAAUGAUAAGCUCCACAACCAUAGCAGCAGCAAACUCAAUAAUAACGGAGGCCGUGUCUUAUUAGCCGAAGACCACUCUCAACCUGAAUUAUCUUCAACGUCAUCAUCUGAUCAUCGUCAUCAUCAUCGACAACAACAACAACAACAGAAGGAGGACGAACCUGGCGAGCUUAAGAUCAUUGAAGACUUCGAUUUCUCUGGAUUGAAAUUCAUCAAAGUCCCCAAGCGGACUACCAGAAUUCCAAAUAUGGAUGCUCAAAAGAAGAGCAUGCUUGACACUGAAUUCUUCACAGAGUAUGGUGAGGCCACUCAAUAUCAAAUACAAGAGGUCAUUGGCAAAGGAAGUUAUGGUGUUGUUGGUGCUGCAGUUGACACUCACACGGGAGAGAGAGUAGCAAUUAAGAAGAUCAAUGAUGUUUUUGAGCAUGUUUCUGAUGCUACACGUAUUCUGAGAGAAAUCAAGCUCCUUCGGCUGCUUCGACAUCCAGAUAUCGUAGAAAUAAAGCAUAUAAUGCUUCCUCCGUCUAGAAGAGAAUUUAAAGAUAUAUAUGUUGUUUUUGAAUUGAUGGAGUCUGAUCUUCACCAAGUAAUUAAGGCAAAUGAUGAUCUUACACCUGAACAUUAUCAAUUUUUCUUAUACCAGCUUCUUCGAGCUCUAAAAUAUAUCCAUACAGCAAAUGUGUUCCAUCGAGAUUUAAAGCCUAAAAAUAUCCUUGCUAAUGCGGACUGCAAAUUGAAGAUCUGCGAUUUUGGGCUUGCUCGUGUGUCGUUCAAUGAAGCCCCAUCAGCUAUCUUCUGGACUGAUUAUGUGGCAACCCGAUGGUAUCGUGCUCCUGAACUCUGUGGUUCUUUUUUCUCUAAAUACACUCCUGGAAUUGACAUUUGGAGCAUAGGAUGCAUAUUCGCAGAAAUGCUUACGGGGAAACCACUGUUUCCUGGGAAGAAUGUGGUGCAUCAAUUGGAUCUCAUGACUGAUUUACUUGGAACUCCUCCACCUGAAUCCAUUGCCAGGAUUCGAAAUGAAAAGGCUAGAAGAUAUUUAAGUAGCAUGCGGAAAAAGCCACCAAUUCCCUUUUCACAAAAGUUCCCUGGGGCAGAUCCAUUGGCUCUUCGUUUACUUGAGCGUCUGCUUGCAUUUGAUCAUAAAGAUCGCCCCAGUGCUGAAGAGGCUUUAGCAGAUCCAUAUUUUCGCGGUUUAGCAAAUGUGGAUCGUGAGCCAUCUACACAACCCAUUUCAAAACUUGAAUUUGAGUUUGAAAGAAGGAAACUGGCGAAGGAUGAUGUAAGAGAAUUGAUCUAUCGAGAGAUUUUGGAGUAUCAUCCCCAGAUGCUCCAGGAAUACCUUCAAGGUGCAGACCCAACUAGCUUUAUGUACCCAAGUGGAGUUGAUCGAUUUAAGCGACAAUUUGCCCAUCUUGAGGAGCACUAUGGUAAAGGUGAAAGAAGCACUCCGCUUCAGAGGCAGCAUGCAUCCUUGCCUAGAGAGCGGGUCUGCGCCCCCAAGAAUGAUGCUUCUGACCAAAAUAACAAUUUUGAAAAACGAACUGCUGCUUCUGUUGCUCGUACACAAAGCCCCCCACGGCAAUUUUACGGAUCUGAAAAUGCAAAUAGGGAUGCAUCUGCUGCACAGAAUGGUCCGAGCAGAUCUAAUUAUAGUGCUCGAAGCCUGUUGAAGAGUGCUAGCAUCAGUGCCUCCAAGUGUGUUGUUGUAAAAAGCAGAAGAGAUUCCGAGAAAGAACCAAUUGCCGAGAAUGAUGAAGCAGUUGAUGGAUUAUCACAAAAGGUAGAAGCUCUCCAUGCCUGACUAGGUACUUUUUGUUGGAUUAACAUUGAGUAGGAUGGCUUGCCCACAUCUUCCCCGCAGUUUUGUGGACUGAUGCCUGCUUCCUCAUUUCAUAUUCAAGAAGUUAACUGCUUUUUGAGUAGAUGCUAGCUGUGGGGUGUCGCUAGAGUUUGUAUUAUCACUGUUAUUAUUAUUGUCAUUUCUCACUUAGUUUAAACAUAAAGAACCAUUGCCAUUAUUGCAAACUUGAGUUAGUUGUUAAUUAUAUUUGGACUUAGAAUCAUCGGGGUUCUGUAUAGUUUUCCACUAUGUAUAUUGGAAGUGCUUUCACAUGAGAUGGUAGAUUUCUAUUUUCUUCCCCA